GGUAAAACUAAAUUUGUAUUUUGGUACUUGUUAUAAUAAAUAUUAAAUUGCUAUUAAAUGGAAAACUUAAUUAAGCCAAAUGUAAAGCAACUAAAUUGCCAAUUUUAUAACACGUAAACAGUGAUUUAAAAAAACAUCUAUAAUGAAACUAUCAACUCCAAGAUAUACGUUCUGCUUAAUAAGUCAACUAGUGUUCAUGUUUUGCGAUCUAAUAUUUAAUUGCGUUAGUUUAUUUCCAAAAACCCGCGAUGGUUUGUUGGUAUUAUUUAUAUUUCAAGACUUAUUUCUUAUCUUGUCGAUUACAAUGAUGUUGAUGACUUUCUUCUCGACUUAUUUGUUUCAAGCUGGCUUAGUAGAAGUUUUGAUUCGUAAGUUCCGCGCUGCUGGUUCUGUUAUCGUGUCGUAUCUGGCUGCUAGUGUAUUGCUCCACACGGCAUGGUUGAUGCAGAAGUGGUCUGACCCAGAAUCUGUGUCAACUCCAUUCCUUAUCGUGUUAUUUACAUUCCAGAGAUGUUUGUCCCCGUGGUAUUACUUUUUCUACAAACGAGCCGCCCUGAGGGUUAGUGAUCCUCGGUUUUAUGAAGAUAUUGACUGGAUAAGCCAACAGUUACAGCCUAACCAUUAAAGCAGUCAUGAUUAAAUAAGAAAAAAUACUAGCGCAUUUCAUCAAGAGCCGGAUCUUUGUUCUCUCUACACUUCCAAAGACACUUAUUUAGCAUAUCCCAAGGACAGCUUCAGUAUUUCAGUCUAGUCAGAAGAAAGAAUAUUUAUUUAUAUAUACUUACUGUAAGCUGAGUCACUUAGCAUGAAGGUUCUAGUCUGCAGAAACUUCUCUAGUUAAACAUUUGUCUCAAAGAAUGCUGGAGAUAAAUAAAAUAUAAAAUGAA